AUGAUCGUGGGGUACCUGUAUCUCGGCUUGCUGGCAACGACCGCGAGUGCUGCAAAAGUCGCCGAUCUAGUCGGUACUUGGUCUACAAAGUCCGGCAGCGUUGUGACAGGUCCAGGCUUCUACGAUGCCGUCAAGGACAAGCUGAUCGAGCCGGAUCUACCGGGCAUCUCCUACUCGUUCACGGCCGACGGUCACUAUGAAGAGGCCUACUAUCGCGCCCUUGCGAAUCCCACGAACCCUUCGUGUCCGAAAGGGAUUAUGCAAUGGCAGCAUGGCACCUUCACCAUGGACAGCGAUGGCUCUCUAGAAUUGUCGCCCAUCGAGAGAGACGGACGCCAGCUCGAGUCAGACCCGUGCUCGUCCUCCCUGGGGACAUACACGCGAUACAACCAGACCGAACGCUUCAAUUCCUUCAAGGUUUCCGUUGAUCCUUACCACAACGUUCAACGUCUGGAUUUGUUCUCUUUUGACGACUCGCCCAUGCAUCCGAUGUACAUCACCUACCGGCCGCCACAGAUGCUCCCGACUAGCCCCUUGGAGUCAGUAACCAAGGACGCAAAGCGCAAACGCGAUGUCGGCAGCCAGACCGAGUCGCCUUUUCGCAUGGCGAACUUGAUUAAGCGAGAAGAUCUUGUCAACCCGGAUCGAUGGCUGUGGCUGGGUAUUUUCAUGACUGCCCUCGGCGGAAUUACUGUAUUCUGUUCCUGACAUCUGGUUGGGUGCAUCGAGAAGGCUGGUUAGUGACAGACUGGGAAUUGGAAACCAUGGAUAAUAUGGAUAAUACGGGCGUAUAGAUGGGGCCUUCACAUACAACAUUGGCGCUGGAAGGAUU